AUGGCGUGUGUCUGUGAGGCUCAUGGGAAUCCCUGCCCUACACUAGAGUGGCGUCUGUCCGGACAUGUGCUCGCUAACUCUACAGAAACCUCCAUCAGUGAGGAGACGUUAGGAAGCACAGGAGUGAAGAGCAUCCUGAACAUCCAUCAGUCCCUCACAGACACGGACGUCCUGCAGUGUUUCAGCACAAACAAACACGGCAGCGGCAGCCAACAGUUUCAGGCCAUCCCACCGCCACAAGACACACGUUUCCAUCAUCCGUCGGUGCUGCUCGGAGCUGCUGUCGGUGCGUCAGUGAUGAUGAUCGUGUGCAUCGUGAUGCUCUGCUAUGAACGAAGAGGGAAAGAAAAACCUUCACAGACCAGACAAGACGACAGAUCUGGACUCAUUCUGACGGCCGUUUCUCUGGAUAAUGACAGUGAGAUUGUUUACGCCAAUAAAGGCAUGCUGUCAUCCGCGGCACCGAGUGCACCUGAAUCUCUUCAUUAUUCCUCCAUCGACUUCACAAACGCUGACCCGCCGUCAGGAGAGAUCAGGGGCAUCGCCUCGCUGACCAGUGAAUACGCUGCGGUCCGACAGCGUCCUGCAGGAGCCGCAGACGCAGAGAACAACACCUCAACAUCUGAGACAGAGCCCAAAAAAACAGACAUGACAGCAAAGAUCACGGACACGUCCUCACCGGCAUCAGAAGACGUGAUUUAUGAAAACACGAGCCAUCGCUACAGACCGAAGGAAGCGCUGGUCAGCGCAGAUGAUGCUGAAAAACAAGACUGAACCAAAACCUUUGAAUC